AUGGCUCCUAGUUUGAGGAUAACAGAUCUUCCAUGUUCACUGCCUCUUGAAAUUUGCAGGCACUUAACUUCCAUCGACCUACUUAACUUUUGUGAUGCUUUCCCCCAGUGGAAACACCUUCUUUCAACCAGAACAGCUGCAGGGAUUGUGAAGAGAGAUAUUCAGAAUUGGACAUGGAUGGAUAGAAAAUCGUACGAUCUAGUCUUUCCUAAGAAAUCGACAGACCUAGAUAAAAAUCUAAUUGAGGCGCUGUUGUAUUAUCAAGGUUAUCAUUUAAACAUUGAAAAAUUUAAAACAAAAAAACAGCGGAGUGAUUAUUCUAUCUGCGAGAAACUCUUAGGUGAAAAAUAUCCCCCUGAGUUUAGAGUGACCUUGAAUUUCAAUUCCUCCACCGACUUCGAUGACAGUAUUAUAGAAAGACUGCAUUUUGAAGCUGACACUGUGGCAGCAUUUACAAUGGAAGGAUAUGAUUUUCAAAAUUUUCAUUACUACAGAUCCGUAUUUUCGGCUAGGCGGCGUGAGCUGGAGAACAAUGCAUGCAUCGUUUAUUUUGCUCGAUCAAACUGGCGUCAGAAGAGUGAUAUUGAAGCGAUCUUUGCCGAUGCAAAAACUAAUCAAACCGUCCUCAUUGCAAUUGUGAAAGAUGAGGCAAGACGUUUGAAGGGCUAUAAAACCAAUCUUGACUUUCUCAAUGGAUUUAUCAAUGAGGUACUUGGAGGGAUGGAACAGUCGCCUCUGAAAAAUUCAACUACCAAUUGGUGUCUAUGGUUGGUAGAGGAAAGGGAAUCGAAAUACGUGGACGCCAUGCAAAUCUAUAAGAGAGCAUGCUACGAAAUUGUCAAAAAUUUUAUCAAAUAA